ACGUGACUCGCCAUGGCCGCUGCCUUCGCCCCGCGCCCCUGAGCCGCGGCCCCCCAGACGGCUCCUCUCCCGGGACCCCGCGCCCCUGACGCUUAGCAGCCCCGAGGCGCAGGGUCAGGGCAGACGCCGAGCCCGCGGGCGCCCCGGACGGACUGCUUCCUCCCGCUGCGAGUGCCCCAGGACAUGGCCCCCCCAGCUGCCUAGCCAGGGCCCAUCUAGGAGAGGCAUCGACUUCGGUGUCCUGAAGGCCAGCUCUGGACCUUCCCAGAAAAGUGCCAGCCUCACGGAACUGCUUGACCAAAGGACCAGCUCUUGGGACAUCCCCCCAUACCCAGCCCCCAGCUAGAGUGGGGGAUCCAGGAGGCUGAGAUUAGCCUGCUGGCCUUGGACGACAGCGGCGGGACAGAAGGGGGGGUGGGCUGACCACCCCAACCCCCCUCUGGGCCCAGGCCCCAUGCCCCGAGGAGGGGCGGCCUGAAGCCCGCCAGAGCCUCCUCUGCUAGACUGUCUGCCUGCCCUUCUGACUGUGGCUGCUUGGCAUGGCCAGCAACAGCAGCUCCUGCCCGACACCUGGGGGAGGGCACCUCAAUGGCUACCCGGUGCCCCCCUACGCCUUCUUCUUCCCACCUAUGCUGGGUGGACUCUCACCGCCAGGCGCGCUGACCACUCUCCAGCACCAGCUCCCAGUCAGCGGCUAUAGCACACCAUCCCCAGCCACCAUUGAGACCCAGAGCAGCAGUUCCGAAGAGAUAGUGCCCAGUCCUCCCUCGCCACCCCCCCUCCCCCGCAUCUACAAGCCUUGCUUUGUCUGUCAAGACAAAUCUUCAGGCUACCACUAUGGGGUCAGCGCCUGUGAGGGCUGCAAGGGCUUCUUCCGCCGCAGCAUCCAGAAGAACAUGGUGUACACAUGUCACCGGGACAAGAACUGUAUCAUCAAUAAGGUGACCCGGAACCGCUGCCAGUACUGCCGGCUGCAGAAGUGCUUUGAAGUGGGCAUGUCCAAGGAGUCUGUGAGGAACGACAGAAACAAGAAGAAGAAGGAGGCGCCCAAGCCCGAGUGCUCUGAGAGCUACACGCUGACGCCCGAGGUGGGGGAGCUCAUCGAGAAGGUGCGCAAAGCACACCAGGAAACCUUCCCUGCACUCUGCCAGCUGGGCAAAUACACUACGAACAACAGCUCAGAGCAACGUGUCUCUCUGGACAUUGACCUCUGGGACAAGUUCAGUGAACUCUCAACCAAGUGCAUCAUUAAGACUGUGGAGUUCGCCAAGCAACUGCCCGGCUUCACCACCCUCACCAUUGCUGACCAGAUCACCCUCCUCAAGGCUGCCUGCCUGGACAUCCUGAUCCUGCGGAUCUGCACGCGGUACACGCCCGAGCAGGACACCAUGACCUUCUCAGAUGGGCUGACCUUGAACCGGACCCAGAUGCACAAUGCCGGCUUUGGCCCCCUCACAGACCUGGUCUUCGCCUUCGCCAACCAGCUGCUGCCCCUGGAGAUGGAUGAUGCUGAGACUGGUCUUCUCAGUGCCAUUUGUCUCAUCUGUGGAGACCGGCAGGACCUGGAGCAGCCAGACAGGGUGGACAUGCUUCAAGAGCCGCUGCUGGAGGCGCUGAAGGUCUAUGUGCGGAAACGGAGGCCCAGCCGCCCCCACAUGUUCCCCAAGAUGCUGAUGAAGAUCACAGACCUGCGAAGCAUCAGUGCAAAGGGGGCUGAGCGGGUGAUCACGCUGAAGAUGGAGAUCCCGGGCUCCAUGCCACCUCUCAUCCAGGAAAUGCUGGAGAACUCCGAGGGCCUGGACACUCUGAGUGGACAACCGGGGGGCGGGGGGCGGGAUGGGGGCGGCCUGGCCCCCCCACCCGGCAGCUGUAGCCCUAGCCUCAGCCCCAGCUCAAACAGAAGCAGCCCGGCCACCCACUCCCCGUGACUGCCCGUGCCCGGUGGACACAGCCCUCACCCCACGCCCUGGCUUUUCUCUGCCUUUCUACCAACCAUGAGACCCCUGCCGGCCCUACCCCCCAAACCUGUCCUCCCUUUCCUCGGGGACAGGAGGGAGGAGGCCGUGACUCUUCAGAUGGAGGCCUGGGCAGGAAGGACUGCCUGCUCCUGCAGCCUGGGCUGACAUCACGGGCAAGGUCGUGAACUGCGUGUGGACCGCUGGUCCUGGGCCUCAGGAUGGAGCCUGGGGGCCUUGUGUUCAUCAAGACAGCCCUCUGCCCCCCUCGCCACAUCUUCAUCACCAGCAAAUGCCAGGACCUGGCUCCCCCAUACUCAGAACCCGCAAGCCAUUGCCCCCCCGGUCGGGAACCCCCCCCUGCCUUGGUUGGUGACAGAGGGGGUGGGCCAGAGGGGUGGGGGGUUCCCCCUGUACAUACCCUGCCAUACCAACCCCCAGGUAUUAAUUCUCGCUGGUUUUUGUUUUUAUUUUAAUUUUUUUUUUUUUGGUUUUGAUUUUUUUUAAUAAGAAUUUUCAUUUUAAGCACA